CACCAACACCCGCACACGAAGAUCGCAGCUUUGAACAGUUGUUGCUGCUAGGGCAGCAAACGACGGUGUUAAGAUGGGAGACGUCGAUCCCGAAACACUCUUGGAAUGGCUCUCGAUGGGUCAGGGCGACGAGCGCGACAUGCAGCUGAUUGCUUUAGAGCAGCUCUGCAUGCUGCUGCUCAUGUCCGACAAUGUAGAUAGAUGUUUUGAAAGCUGUCCACCAAGAACGUUCCUUCCCGCGCUGUGUAAAAUAUUCCUCGACGAGCUAGCCCCGGAAAAUGUGCUCGAGGUAACGGCCCGCGCUAUCACGUACUAUCUGGACGUGUCCUCCGAAUGUACCCGGCGCAUCGUCGCUAUCGAUGGUGCCAUCCGUGCAAUCUGCAAUCGGCUCGAGGUGGCCGAUCUCGAAAGCCGUACUAGUCGCGAUCUCGCCGAACAGUGCAUCAAAGUGCUGGAGCUAAUCUGCACCCGGGAAGCGGGUGCGGUGUUUGAGGGCGGCGGCCUUAACUGUGUGCUCACGUUCAUCCGCGACAGUGGUUCGCAGAUUCACAAGGACACGCUGCAUUCGGCGAUGGCCGUUGUUUCGCGAUUGUGCACCAAGGUUGAACCACAGGGAGCGAAUGUGCAAACGUGCGUGGAGAGUUUGAGCACGCUGCUGCAGCAUGAAGAUCCGUUGGUGGCGGAUGGUGCGUUGAAGUGUUUCGCCUCGGUAGCGGAUCGAUUCACACGCAAGGGCGUAGAUCCUGCACCGCUCGCCGAGUACGGACUGGUGAAGGAAUUGCUGAACCGGCUAAGCAAUGCGGCCGGAGGUCCACAGAUUUCAUCCAGCGGUGGUGGUGGUGGUGGUGGUGGUGGUACCGGUAACGCAACGAUCUCCUCCAGCUUGGGAACAAACUCCUCGACACAUCCGGAAUCAUCACCGUCGACCGCCCAGCUUUCCUCCUCCGCACCGAAGACAGCACAGGGAGCGAUGGAGGCGGGCCGUUCAAGCCAAUCGAUCGCGACCACCAUAUCGCUACUGUCGACCUUGUGCCGCGGUUCACCCUCGAUCACGCACGAUCUGCUCCGUUCGAAUCUGCUCGAGGCAAUGGAACGUGCGUUCAAGGGAGAUGAACGGUGCGUGCUGGACUGUAUGCGAUUAGCUGACCUAAUUCUGCUCCUACUGUUCGAGGGUCGUCAGGCACUGGGGCGCGUUGGAGGCUCACAGGGUCAGCUGGCGCCUCGGGUAAGGCGGGCCGAUUCCAGUACCGAGCGAACUCAUCGUCAGCUGAUCGAUUGCAUCCGUAGCAAGGACACCGAGGCACUGAUCGAAUCGAUCGAUUCCGGCGGCAUCGAUGUCAACUGUAUGGACGAUGUGGGCCAAACGCUGCUAAACUGGGCGUCCGCCUUCGGGACACUGGAAAUGGUGGAGUUUCUGUGUGAUAAGGGUGCGGAUGUGAACAAGGGACAGCGCAGCUCGUCCCUACACUAUGCGGCCUGCUUUGGACGGCCGGGCAUUGCGAAGGUCCUGCUGAAGCAUGGCGCCAAUCCAGAUCUGCGCGAUGAGGAUGGUAAAACGCCACUCGAUAAAGCACGCGAGCGUCCGGAUGAAGGUCAUCGGGAGGUAGCGUCGAUUUUGCAAUCGCCGGGUGAAUGGAUGAUGGCAGCGACGCGGUCGGAUGUGAAGUGUGGCGAGAGUGGUGAUGAGACGGGUGUCGGAGAACCUCGGGGCGAUCCCGAGAUGGCACCGGUGUAUCUAAAGUUUUUCCUACCAACAUUCUGCAAAACUUUCCAAAGCACAAUGCUUGCGAGUGUGCGUAGAUCUAGCCUAGGACUUAUCAAGAAAAUGAUCCAGUAUGUUCAACCGGAGGUUCUCUCGAAGCUGUGCUCUUCUGAGGGUCUCCAAAGUUACGAGCAAAGCUUAGGCACGCUUCUAGUCGAAGUCAUCGCGAGCGUACUGGACAAUGAGAUUAGCUACAGCUGGCCACCGUUGCCGCAACCCUCAACGUCGUCGUGUCCGCCUCCUCCGCCGCCGAUCCUAACCGUGUCCCGUAAUAGUUCUACUAGCGUUAGCAAUAAUAAUCUCCUAACCAAGCACGGCUGUGCCGAGCGGUUGAGCAAGUUUGUGCAGGCCAAACGACAGAGGCGCAAUUCUAGCUGCUACAUAAUACCACCGCCACCGCCACUGCUACCGUUGACACCGCCACCAAUCUCGGCAAGAGCAAAACCCGACUCGGACGAAGACGCGGAUGACGAACGGAACGGGUUCAAAAGCAAUAACAAUAGUAACGACACCACAACCACCACCAACAAUCCUCGUAAUCGCACCCAAAGCAAUUGGUCAGAUCUUAGCAUUGCGGAUGAUGAAGAUGGCCAUCUGGUGGUGCUUACGAUUGUGCAAGAGCUUAUGUCAAAAACGCAAAACGAUUUCCUUGACCAUUUCGCACGCUUAGGCGUUUACACCAAGGUGCAAGCGCUGAUGGGCGAGCCCAGCUUCGAUGGUAACGACAAUAAUGAUGUGAUUAAAUCAACAUCCGAUGAGACGAAGGCAGCUGCGUCUACAGAAGCGUCCACCGCCGUCACGGUCACACCGAGUGGAUCUAGUGGUCCGGUAGUAGUGACUGCUGGUGCAACAAGUACUGCAACGACGACGACGGUGGCGGUUGAAGAUGCGAAGGAGAUACUGCACGGAAAGGCUUACCAUUGGCACGAUUGGAGCAUUUGCCGUGGGCGGGACUGUUUGUACGUAUGGUCGGAUUCGGCCGCGCUAGAGCUUUCGAAUGGAUCGAACGGAUGGUUCCGGUUCAUUCUGGACGGUAAACUCGCGACGAUGUACUCUAGUGGAAGUCCGGAGAAUGGGAGUGAUAGUACGGAAAAUCGUGGAGAAUUUCUCGAAAAACUUCAACGAGCCCGUGCUGCCGUCCGUCAGGGUACGGUAUCACAACCGAUUCUCUCCGCACCUAGCCUAGCCCGAAUAGCGGUCGGUAACUGGGUGCUGCAGAGCCAGAAAGAACAUCAACUACAUAUCAACAAUUCCGAGGGCCAUCAGGUAACGAUACUGCAGGACGAACUGCCCGGCUUUAUCUUCGAGAGCAACCGUGGAACGAAGCACACGUUCACCGCCGAAACUACACUGGGACCAGACUUUGCAGCGGGUUGGAUAAAUACCAAGAAGAAGAAGAUGCGCUGCAAGGCCGAGGCACAGAAAUAUCAGCUUAAUAAAUUGGCUCGUGAUUUGUACAACCGUUACUUCAAGGCAGCUCAAGCUAUACCGCGUGGUGCCGUUGCAAAGCUGUCCAAGAUUGUGCAUCAGAUCGAGAAUGCACUCGAAGAGCAGCAAUCAUCUUCGAAAACUGCCGCACUCAUCUCCAGCUCCACGCAGCAGAUUAUCACUCCAACGUCUGGCAGUGUGGCCAGUGUUAGCUGGCAGGAGAAGCUCUACAACGCAUUGAAUGAGCUGGUUCACCUGCUGAACGAGGAUGGCGUAAUUAGUGCGUACGAAAUGUACAGUUCCGGGUUGGUGCAAGCACUCGUGGCUGUACUUUCGCCCAACUACUGGGACUUGGGUAUGAAUCGCGCCAAAGCAAACAAAUACCAGAAGCAACGGCUAUCCAUCUUUAAGAAGUGUAUGUACGGAGGUGAAGUAAAAACGGGCAAAAAUACGGCAGCUAUUCUGGUGCAGAAGUUGGUCGCAGUGCUGGAAAGUAUUGAGAAGCUACCGGUGUACAUGUACGAUUCUCCGGGCGGUAGCUACGGGCUUCAGAUAUUGACCAAGAAGCUAAGCUUCCGCUUAGAACGAGCAGCCUGCGAACAGACACUGUUUGAUCGGACGGGACGUAACCUCAAGAUGGAACCACUGGCAACCGUGGGCCAUCUGAACAAGUAUCUACUGAAAAUGGUCGCCAAGCAGUGGUACGAUAUGGAGCGUUCAUCGUUCCUGUAUCUUCGUAAGCUGAAGGAAGCUAAGCCGGGCACGAUCAAGUUUCGGCAUCGACAUGAUUUCGAUGAAAAUGGUCUCAUCUACUACAUCGGCACCAACGGAAAAACGCUCGAGUGGGUUAAUCCAGCCCAAUAUGGACUCGUAACGGUAACGAGCAGCGAAGGCAAACAGCUACCCUACGGUAAGCUGGAAGACAUCUUGUCGCGUGACAGUGUGAGCGUAAACUGCCACACAAAAGACAACAAAAAGUCAUGGUUUGCGAUCGAUUUGGGAAUAUUUAUUAUUCCCACAGCGUACACGCUUCGGCACGCACGUGGUUACGGUCGUUCCGCGCUUCGGAACUGGAUGUUCCAGAUGUCGAAGGAUGGCAUCAGUUGGGUCACACUGCUAACGCACACGGAAGAUAAAAGCCUCGCUGAACCGGGCAGCACCUGUACCUGGCUGAUUGAUUGUCCUGCCGAUGAGCAGCAAGGCUAUAGGCACGUGCGCAUUCAUCAAAAUGGACGCAAUGCAUCGGGACAAACGCACUACCUGAGUCUGAGUGGGUUCGAAAUCUACGGCAAAGUAAUGUCGGUGUGCGAAGACAUGGACAAAACGGCAGCCAAAGAAAAUGAGGCGAAAUUGCGCAAAGAGCGUCGUCAGAUAAGGUCACAGCUGAAGUACAUUACCGAUGGAGCGCGUGUUGUGCGCGGUGUCGACUGGCACUGGGACGAUCAGGAUGGAAACCCACCCGGCGAAGGUACGGUCAUUGCGGAGAUCCACAACGGUUGGAUCGAUGUGAAGUGGGACCAUGGAAUGCGCAAUUCGUACCGCAUGGGAGCGGAGGGCAAGUACGAUCUGAAGCUGGCGCACGUGGACGGUUUGGUAGCGGCUUCUUACGAUCUACACAACAGUGGAAUAUCCGUUACAACCGUAGGCAAUAAUAAUCAAUUUUCAUCCUCCGCCAAUGUCCUCCAGUGCGAAGUAGAUGGCGCCGUUUCCGGCAAGAAGAAAAUCUACGACAAAUCACUUAACGUACUGGCGAGUAGGAAAUCCAGCUCCACACCAAGUCUACCGGAUGCGACAACAGAAAAUCGUUCGUCCGUUGCUUCUACUGAGCAGGCAACAUCAGCCGACAAUCUUUCCUGGAAGCAAGCGGUAGAAGUAAUCACGGAGAAUGUUCUUUCUUCCGCACGCUCUGAUCUUGCAACGGUCGGCAAUGGCGGAAGUAGCAAUGAUUUGUCCUCCUCGGUAGUAACCGCCGGUGGUGGUGGAGGAAACAAUCAGGAAGUGUCCGUUACGGUUCAUUCUUCGCUAAGCGAGCGUGGAAACAACAUACCGGAUUUGUCGCAAAUUAACAGCAGCACAUCCAUGCUGGUGUCAGAUUUGGCCACCAUUACGGAGAAUCUUUCCCUUGCGGAUGGUCCGGUGAAGCAGCAGCAGAGCGCAUCGUCCACAGGCUCCGUGCAGCAGUUUGUGAGCAACAUUAGUGGAAACAGUGGUGGAGCUGGUAGUGUUCCCUUGCUGAUGGGAUCAUCGUCCUCCUCAUCCUCUUCAUCCUCGACGGAGGAAAACAACAAAACGAAUAACAUAAAUGAGACGAACAAUAAGAUCAACUUAACCAGCGGUGGUAGUGGUGCCAGCAGUGUUGCCAGCGGUAGCAGUGCAUCCAGCGGAAAGGCUGGCCUAUCCUACCUGCAAACACGCCUAGACAUGGUGGGUAAAAUGCGUGAGGGCGUCGAUAUGCUGCGAAACAAUACGAACAAUUUCCUUUCGUCAGAACUGCUCACCCAAACGAAUCUGCUUUCCUCGGUAAAGAUUGCGUUCCCACCGAUUCCUCCUACUAGCGCUGGAACUGGAAGUGGAACUGGAAACAGCAUUUUUGUGGGAAGUACAAGUACUGGCACAAAUCCUGUAACAUCCGCAGCUUCUUCGGGCGCUAAAACACCUACGGACAAGUUUGAUGUGAAGUUUAACAAUACUACUGGUGCGUCGAAUGGGGCGUCCAGUGUGUCGGUAAACACGUUCAAGAAGGUCCUUAAUGAAGCGAAGCAAUUCUCCUCAACAAUGGAUGGAACUUCAACGGGUGCCCGCGAUGCUACAAAUAAUUUGAAGAACAACAUAGUUGUGGUUGGAUCCACGGAAACGGUACUGGGAGCUUCCCAGGAUGAUCAUAAUACGGAUCCGUGUCUGCUUGGUUCCGUAUCCGGUAGUGAUGGAGUUAAUGUGGUCCCUGUUGGAGUGCCCUCGUCAAAUCCGAUGAGUGUAAGCGUACCAAAUCUAACAAGCAGUGGUAGCAGCAACAACCAUUCGCAUCAUCAUCACCAUAGUCAUCACCAACACCAGUCACAGCAGCAGCAUCUCCAUACUCAUCACCAUCCACCUCCGUCGGACAAUAGUCCGUCAACGAUGCAGAACGAUUCUCAAACGGCAGGAGGACCCCCGGGACUGUUGGAAACUUUCGCCGCCAUUGCACGUCGUCGAACGUCUGCCGGUGGUUCAAAUUCGGCCGCCAACGUUAACAACAAUAAUGAAAAUAACAACGCCGCCAAUCCAUCCUCAUCCACCUCUUCUUCGCAGCAAACGAUGCCGAUUAACAACCAGCUGAUAAGUGGUGCUGGUAGUGGAACAGGAUUGGUCGGUGGGGUGUUGCAGAACAAUAGCAACUUUUUCCCGCGAGGACCAAACUCCGUCACGAGCUUGGUGAAGUUGGCACUCUCGACCCACAGCGGACUGCUCAGUACGGCUCAAAGCUAUCCGAGUUUGUUCAGCUCUGCUUCGAACAAUAAUGCUUCGUCCGGAGGUCAGACAACAGGUGCGAACGGUGGUAAUAAUAAUAACAGCAACACCAACAAUAUGGUUGGAGUCGGACAGGUGAAUCCACUCAAUCCGGCCCUCACCAUGAGCCUCACCUCCACCUCGAGCGAUAGUGAGCAGGUGUCGUUGGAAGACUUUUUGGAGCAGUGUCGUGCACCGACACUGCUGGGCGAUUUGGAAGACGAUGAAGACAUCGAGGACGAGAACGAUGACGAUGAGAACGAGGAUGAGUAUGAGGAGGUGGGCAACACGUUGUUACAGGUGAUGGUGACCCGCAAUCUGCUGUCCUUUAUGGAAGAGCGUACGUUCGAGAAUCGACUCCCAACGGCCGGGAAACGCAAGUCCUGGGACGAUGAGUUUGUGCUGAAGCGCCAAUUUUCCGCCCUUAUACCUGCGUUUGAUCCACGUCCGGGUAAGACGAAUGUUAAUCAGACAAGUGACCUGGAUAUUCCUGCACCACCGGCAGGUGGACGACGAGUUGCUGCGGAGCAGGUUGAUCCAGCAGAACCAUCCUCAUCAUCCGGCAAAGCGAACGUUUUGGAGCAGGAAGGAACUCACGCCACCUCUAUGUCCUCGCUGCCGCAGCCAACGCUUUCGCUUGUACUGCGUGGGCCGAACAUAAACGGAGUGAACGAUGUGGAAGUUGAUCUGACACAUCCGGAUUGGACCAUUUUCCGCGCAGUGCAGGAACUGAUGCUGCAAACGUCGAUGCCCAAGCAGGACAAGUUCCGCAAAAUUUGGCAACCAACGUACACGAUCAUCUACCGUGAGGCAAGUCCCGGUUCGUCCUCUUCGCUGUUGGGUGGUGGAAAGGAGGACUUUAGCAGUGGGGAGGAAGGUCGCGCAACACCGAUCAUUUCGCUCUACUCGCAAAGAAGCCAUGGUUCUACCCUAUCGCCCAGUUCACCCAUUCCUGGAACUCCAUCUAUUUCGGGUGCAGCGGGUGCUGGCCCUAGUAGUGGUGGAGCUUUAGCGACAACUUCAGCCGGUUGUGCUAAUCAGCAGCAGUACUGUUCAGUUGAGGACGUCCUGCAAUUACUAUCACAGUUGAACAGCAUCAAUCAAUCGCUGGGAUCCGCUCCAACGAACAACGACAAGAACUUAAUACCCGAUGUGGAGUCUCAUUACCUAAAUCCGGAGGUGUUUAUGAGCAAGAAGAUCACAAACAAGCUACAGCAGCAGAUACAGGAUCCGCUCGUCCUUUCCAGCGGUAGUUUGCCAAAGUGGUGUGAAGAAUACAACCAGUCCUGCCCAUUCUUGUUCCCGUUCGAAACACGCCAGCUGUACUUUAGCUGUACGGCGUUUGGAGCAUCGCGCAGUAUCGUUUGGUUGCAGUCCCAGCGGGACGUAAGUUUGGAGCGUCAGCGUGCACCAGGUCUUAGUCCCCGGCAUGCCGAUCAGCAAGAGUUCCGCGUCGGACGGUUGAAGCAUGAACGCGUGAAGGUACCACGCGGGGAGAAUCUUCUCGAAUGGGCCCAACAGGUGAUGAAGGUGCACUGCAACCGGAAGUCAGUGUUGGAGGUAGAGUUUGUCGGAGAGGAAGGUACGGGACUUGGACCAACGCUCGAAUUCUACGCACUGGUAGCGGCUGAGCUACAGCGCAGCGAUCUUGGCAUGUGGCUGUGUGAUGAUGAGGAACCGAAGCUGAUCGAGGACGAGAUUGAUCUCGGUGAGGGUAGUAAACCGGUUGGCUACUAUGUGCGCCGCUCGACCGGACUUUUCCCGGCACCGUUGCCUCAAGAUUCGGAUAUCUGCGAGUACGUGUCGAAUUAUUUCUGGUUUUUGGGUGUGUUUUUGGCGAAGGUAUUGCAGGAUAAUCGGUUGGUAGAUCUGCCACUGUCGAACAGCUUCCUGCAGCUGCUAAGCCACAGUCGCUCAAUUUCUCGGGGUUCGCCGAACCACGCGCUGUUCGGGAAAUCAGGCCUAAGCGAUGAUAUUAUGCUUUCGUCCAUAAUGUCCGAGGAAAGUGAUCGUGAUCGGGAUCUGUUGGUGGAUUCGUAUCAAUCGAAGAUGGCCACCAGCGAAGGUGCCUGGUACGAUGGUAUACUGUCGCAGGAGAAUCUACAGGAGAUUGAUCCGAUCCGAUAUCAGUUCCUGAGGGAAUUGCAAGAGCUGGUGCAGCAGAAGCAAAACAUCGAGCAGAACGAUGCGCUCAGCUCGGAAGAAAAAUUGCAGCAGAUCGGCGAACUGAAGCUAAACACCAAAACGGGCUGUGUGGCGUUGGAGGAUCUGGCGCUUACGUUUAGCUAUUUGCCGAGUUCGAAGAAUUAUGGUUACGCUUCGGCGGACCUAAUUCCUAACGGAUCGAACAUCGAUGUGACGAUUAACAAUGUGGAGGAGUACUGCAAUCUGACGAUUGCGUUCUGUCUGCAGGAGGGCAUUGCGAAGCAGUUGGCCGCUUUUCAUCGUGGGUUCUGUGAGGUGUUUGCGCUGAACAAGCUGGCCGCAUUUACACCGGACGAGAUACGGAAGAUGCUGUGCGGUGAGCAAAACCCGGAGUGGACGCGUGAAGACAUUAUGACGUACACGGAACCGAAGCUGGGAUAUACGAAGGAAAGUCCUGGUUUCCUGCGCUUUGUUAAUGUGCUGAUGGGCAUGAACGGAUCGGAACGGAAAGCGUUCCUCCAGUUCACCACCGGUUGCAGCAGUUUACCACCUGGUGGACUGGCCAACCUACAUCCACGGCUCACAGUGGUCCGGAAGGUGGAUGCAGGCGAGGGUUCCUAUCCGUCGGUCAACACCUGCGUGCACUAUCUGAAGCUGCCGGACUAUCCGAACGAGCAGAUCCUACGCGAGCGUCUGCUGACCGCUACCAAGGAGAAAGGGUUCCAUCUGAAUUAAAUC